GCUAGUUUUCAUCCAGCGCAUGCGCACAAGGCAGUGUCAAUUCAUCGCAGCCGCAGUGAGGGACGAGGCGAGUGGGGUGGACCAAGAUGGCGUCUGCUACGGCUCCGAACGGCGGCGGAAUGGAAGUGGACGACGCUGAUGUCCCCACCGUCAUGGCUCAGGGGGUCACCGGCAGCGUGGCUGUGGCUCUUCACCCCCUGGUGAUCCUGAAUAUCUCCGACCACUGGAUCCGAAUGAGGUCCCAGGAAGGACGCCCCGUCCAGGUGAUAGGGGCGCUCAUCGGGAAACAGGAGGGAAGGAACAUCGAGGUGAUGAACUCCUUCGAGCUUCUGUCCCAGAUCACCGAGGAGAAGAUCACCAUCAACAAGGAGUAUUACUACACCAAGGAGGAGCAGUUUAAACAAGUGUUUAAAGACAUGGAGUUCCUGGGCUGGUACACAACUGGGGGUCCCCCCGACCCCUCCGACAUUCACGUCCACAAACAGGUAUGUGAGAUCAUCGAGUCACCGCUCUUCCUGAAGUUGAACCCUAUGACAAAGCACACUGAUCUGCCGGUCAGUGUGUACGAAUCAGUGAUUGACAUCGUGAAUGGAGAGGCCACCAUGCUGCUGGCUGAGCUCCCGUACACCCUCGCCACAGAAGAAGCAGAAAGAAUCGGCGUUGACCACGUCGCUCGUAUGACGGCCACCGGCAGCGGAGAAAACUCAACAGUGGCAGAACAUCUCAUUGCUCAGCACAGUGCUAUCAAGAUGCUGCACAGUAGAGUCCGGCUCAUCCUGGAGUAUGUGAGAGCGGCUGAAGGAGGGGAGGUUCCCUUUAACCAUGAAAUCCUGCGCGAAGCCUCUGCGCUGUGCCACUGCCUCCCCGUACUCAGCACGGAUAAGUUCAAGACAGAUUUCUAUGAUCAAUGUAACGACGUGGGGUUAAUGUCUUACCUGGGCACCAUCACCAAGACCUGCAACACCAUGAACCAGUUCGUCAACAAAUUCAACAUCCUGUACGACCGGCAGGGGAUCGGCCGGCGAAUGAGAGGCCUCUUCUUCUGAGCCCCGCCCCCCCCAAAACGGACUGUAGUGAUCAGGACUGUAAUGUUAUUGGAAAUAAAGAUGCUCUAAUGGUCACGUGACCUGCGCCCCCCAUAAUACACACGGUAAUGGCGGCAGAGCCAGGAUGGUCUCGUUUACUGCGUUACCUGUAGAGGGAAGCGUGUUCUUUCACAAACAGAGGAGUGACUUUUUCCCGAGGAUGCCCCAUCAAGUCCAGGAUCCCCUCAUUAUUUAACCCAUGUCAUGCUUGUUUGAGAAAUGUUUCUUUAUCCCGGGAGGUCUGGGCCCCUGGACAAUAAAGAUUAUGGCCCCCACUGA